GAUUGACAAAUCAAACCCUAUUUUAAGUGUGUGAGAUAAGGCUGUCAAUAGGAGUUGAUGGUGGAGAGGUGAGGAGGACAGACUUUGGACCCCCUUCACUUCUUCGUCUUGUUCGCCGCCGGCUGUAGCUUCGGUUUUUAUUUCUCUUCUCUCAUGAAUAACAUGAAGAUUGAUUUUGCCCCCCUGGAAAUCCCCCUGCAGAGGAGACUGCAGACGGCUGCAGUGGCGCAGUGGGUCUUCUCCUUCAUUGCCCUGGCACCCCUCUGCAUCUUCCUCUUCAUCUUCCUGCUGUUCACUCGCUUCUGGCUGAUCAGUGUGCUGUACGCCGUCUGGUGGUUCUAUGACUAUGACACCCCAGCACGUGGGGGCCAGAGGGUGCCCUUCUUGUGUGGCCUUAAAAUUUGGGACUACAUGAGAGAUUACUUCCCCGUCAAGUUGGUGAAGACAGCUGAUCUGGAUCCGAGGGAAAACUACGUCCUGGGCUUCCAUCCUCAUGGCGUGCUGGUGGCAGGGGCCUUUACCAACUUCUGCACCUAUGCCACCGGCUUCAGAGAGCUGUUUCCUGGCCUCACCAGCUACAUGCUCAUGUUGCCCCUUUGGUUCAGAUCCCCAUUCUUCAGGAACUACAUCAUGUGUGCUGGUCUGAUUCCUUCUGACAAAGAGAGUGCCAGCUACCCACUCCGCAAAAGAGGAGUCGGCAAUGCUGUGGUAAUAGCAGUUGGUGGGGCCCCAGAGGCCCUUGAUGCCCACCCUGGGACCUACAAUGUACUCUUGGCUCAAAAGAAAGGCUUCAUCAAAAUGGCGAUGGAGAACGGAGCUCAUCUGGUGCCAGUAUUCUCCUUUGGAGAAAAUGAAGUGUUUGAUCAAGUGGAUAACAAAAGAGGAACCUGGCUUCGAUGGACACAGGAGCGCCUGCAAAGCAUCAUGGGUAUCUCCCUUCCUCUCUUCCAUGCGCGUGGCAUAUUCCAGUACUCCUUUGGUCUCAUGCCCUACAGGAGACCCAUCCAUACAGUAGUCGGAAGGGCAAUUCAGGUUCAGAGGAACGAGAAGCCAACUGCAGAAGAACUCGAUGCCGUCCACCAGCUUUACAUGGACGAGCUCAGCAAGCUGUUUGACGAGCACAAGGAAAACUAUGGCGUGGACAAGGACACACACCUGAAUUUUGUCUAAACUUAACUGACAUUGGAGUGAAUUUAAAUGUAUAUUUAUUUGUAAAGAUUUGGUAGACAUGACUUUACACUCAAUUGGCCUGUAAAGUAAAGAUAAAUCAGCUUUGGGUCUAAGAAGACACACUGCUGUAUUCGUUAAUAUAAGGGAGGACACUAACCUUAUAACUGAAACAUUGACUUUAAUUAAAUGUGUUAUGUCAACAGAUUUCACAGAACUGGUUGGUUAGUUGAAAGAAAUUAUAUAGAUUAAAUAAUAGGCUCAACUUAAUAUUAUUGCUUUCAACUAACCUAAUACAGUUGUGUGAAAUUUGUCGACAUAAUACAUUUAAUUAAUGUCAACGUUUCAGUUUCUUCAGUGUCUAGAAACGUGAAAUAGAAAUGAUUAUAUCUCCAUAACUGAGACCUGGCUGUUCAUUCAGAGGAUUUAAGGCCAGUGUGGGAAAGGGUUUGGGUGACACAAGUUUCCCUCACCACCUCCCAGUGGGGGUUCUGUCUGGGUUUUGGAUUUUGUGCAAGACUUUCUUAAACAAAGUCAUAGUGUGGAUUUGGGUUGCAACAAUAUUUAAAGAAACAGUCAUUAAUAAUUUGGGGAUUUUGUAUCUAUCCAUGUUCUAAAAACAAGGAAAACAAAAACCUUUUAUACACCUCUUAACUGAAUUUCAUUAUAUUUAGUUUGUUAUAUUUUGCCCUUGAAACAUUUAUGUGUACUUAUGUUUGUCUACUCAACUUUUAAGUGGCAAAUAUUGUACUUUUGACUGUACUACAUUUGUAUUUGAGUUAUAGUUACUACGUAGGUUUCAGAUUGAGAUUUAAAAUCAGAAAGUAUUUGAUAAUAAACCUGAGAUCCCAAAUAUCUUUGGACUGAAUACAGCUGUGGUCCGUUGAAACAUUGAACGUGUCUUUGAGUUGUAACAGUUCCAUCACAGAUAAACAUCACUGAUUGUUUUAUUCAAUGACAUUUUGUGGCCCAAUUAAAAUAAAACAGUUUAAUCAUGCUUUAA